CGCCUGCUCGUGUGGGGGAUAAAGACUGAAGUAUCGCCAAACAGGCCAUGGUCAUUUUUAAUUCAUCCAUGGUGGAUGUCCUCAAUUUGGAAUCAUAGUGGGCCUCCGCGAGUGCAUCACAACAUCCUCCAGACGCAAUACAUCCCGAGAUAGCCCUUUUAGGGCUUGUGUUUUCUUCGGCCUGGGAUUAUAUUUCCUUUAUAUUUCUCCCUUUGAUGAUUAUAUCAAAAUUUGCCUUUCUAUCAAGCCGUGUUGAUCCACCAUGGCUCCAUUUAUAUACCCUCGUGGUGCUGACCAGAACCCCUUUUGGUAUCAAAAGUCACCACGAGUCUGGAAUAUCGUCACUGUGUCCACAUGUCUCUCGAUCAGUACCAUCUGCGUAUGUAUGCGAAUGUAUACGAAAUUUAGGAUCAUACGAUCUCCGGGAUGGGAAGACUAUACUUGCUUUUUGGCCUGGCUGGGCCUCAUCGCUUAUUCUACCUGUUCCUUAUUGGCCGACAAACAUGGUAGCGGAGUCCAUCAGAUGGAUAUAUCAGAAGGUGAUAUGAAGGAGUUCUCAAUACUGGCCAAUGCCUCGCAAAUAGUUUAUGGCCCUCUGAUCUUCAUUACCAAACUAUCCAUCCUCCUCCUCUACCUUCGAGUAUUCCGACCAUCUUUCAAAAACAAAGUUUACUUUUUCAUUCAACUUCUCAUAUGGUUCAAUUUCUGCUUCUAUCUGGCAGAUACGGUGGUGAAGAUUUUCGAAUGCACGCCUAGAAAGAGGAUCUGGGAUAAGAAUACACCGGGGACUUGCAUCAAUAUCAACAUCCCCAUCUUGGUGACAUCUGCCAUCAAUGUGGCUUCCGACUUUCAGGUCCUCCUCUUGCCUAUCAUAUGCGUGUGGCAUUUGCAGAUGCGUCCAUCAAAAAAGCUAUGGAUAUCUGGGGUAUUUGCAGCUGGUCUUUUCGGUUGUGUCUCAAGUCUCAUGCGUUUGAUUGUCAGUGUCCAAAACAAGGAUAGCGAUGAUAAAACAUAUGACUGGUUUCCAGAAUUCCUGUGGACAACUGCUGAAAUAGCCUCCGGGAUCAUCGCCAGUUGUCUUCCAGCAUUACCAAAGUUCUUCAGAUUCUAUUUUCGGAGAGCAGUGACUAAAAUCUCCCAAUUGAGCACAAAGGGCUCGAGUCAUGAAGGCAAGAAACAGUCAAAGACACGUCCUCGCUCUUCGAGUCGUGCACUCCGCAAUCAAAAAUGGUCUCGGGGUACCAACACGACUGAGCUUAGCAGUUGGGAGCUGGACGAUACACCGAUAUUUCAAGGUACCAGUUAUACAACAACUGAAGCAAAAGCUGAGCCAGUUACUACAACAGUGACAGAUUCGACUGCGCUGACGACCCUUGAUGCUGUGCAUUUGGAUAAUUAUCCCAAAGGCAUCUUGAAGACUGUUGAAGUAGACGUGGAGUCUGAACCGGGAGAACAGCGAUAGAUUUUGGGCAUGUGGCCAAGUCUGUAUGAUGAGAGACGAUUGAACAGGCAACACACUGUUUAUAAUGAAAAAUAGUCUAUUGUAUACCCCGUAAUAAUAGCUCUACAAAAGAGAUGAAUCGAUG